CAGCGGAUUGGAGACUCGGGCAACAGGCGGGCAACCUACCCCUGGGCAGGGGUCUCGGGGACUCAACGGGACUCUAGCUGUGGACGGGGGCAGUUCAGAACACGGGUGGUCGGUGCACACAGCGGGGACAGUUCAGAACACGGGGUGGUCGGUGCACACAGCGGGGACAGUUCAGAACACGGGUGGUCUGUGCACACAGCAGGGACAGUUCAGAACACGGGUGGUCAGUGCAAACAGCGGAGACAGUUCAGAACACGGACCCUCAGCGGCAGGCGGCUCCAGACAGGGACGACCAGCGGUCAGCAUUCCAUGGACGACCAGCGAUCAGCAGACAGCUUCCAGGGAUGCGUAGCCACGGACAGCGUGCGGGGCCCCUCAGCAGCAGCUCUCAGGGCACUCAGCAGCAGACAGGGUGCAGGAGCACUCCUGCAC